GACAGCCUGCAGUGCACCACAAAGAGCAACCAAGCCACCUUUGAUCUGAAACUCUCUCCAAGGAUCAAAGCAGCAAAACCCUUACUUCUCUUGAAGCAGAAUGGCUAAAGUUUUCAAUAACAACUGCCAGCCUAUCGAUGUGGUCAGGCGAAGCAGCUUUCCUAAAGACUUCGUAUUUGGUGCAGCAUCUUCAGCUUACCAGUAUGAAGGUGCUGCCUUUAAUUAUUGCAAAGGGCCAAGUAUUUGGGAUACCUACACUCACAAACAUCCCGAGAGGAUUGCUGAUCACAAAAAUGGAGAUAUAGCUGUUGAUGAGUAUCAUCGCUAUAAGGAAGACGUUGCCAUCAUGAAGAGUAUAGGUUUUGAUGUUUAUCGAUUCUCAAUCGCUUGGUCCAGAAUUUUUCCAACGGGAAAGCUUUGUGGGGGUAAGAACAUAGAUGGAAUACGCUACUACCAUCAUCUCAUCGAUGAACUGCUUAAACAUGGCAUCAAACCUUAUGUCACACUAUUUCAUUGGGAUGUUCCUCAAGCGUUGGAAAACGAAUAUGGUGGCUGCUUGAAUCGUCAAUUUGUAUGCCAUUUCCGAGACUUUGCAGAGUUUUGCUUUGAAGAGUUUGGAAAAAAAGUGAAGCAUUGGAUUACCUUAAAUGAACAGUUCAUCUUCACCUUCAAAAGUUAUGUAAUGGCAGAAUAUGCACCCGGUAGGGGUGCAGAAUGGGAUCCAUGUCGCUAUCUUGCUGGUAAUUCCGGCACCGAACCAUACAUUGUUGGUCACAACCUAAUUCUUGCACACGCUGCGGCUGCCAAUCUUUACAAGACCAAAUAUCAGGCAGAACAAAAGGGUGAGAUUGGCGUCACAUUGGUGUCAAGAUGGUAUGAACCAUAUUCAAACUCUGAGGCAGAUGGAAAAGCUAGAGAUCGAGCCUUUGAUUUUUCACUUGGUUGGUUCUUAAAUCCAAUCGUUUAUGGAGAUUAUCCACAAAGCAUGAGAGAUUUGGUGGGGAGGAGAUUGCCCACAUUCACAAAGGACGAAAGCAAUUUCAUCAUGAACUCCUUCGAUUUUCUUGGCAUAAACUAUUACACAGCUAAUUAUGCAAAAGACAAUCCCAAUGACGUUCAUCCACACCCAAGCUAUUUGAAUGAUAUUCAUGCAACUCUUUCAACUGAUCGCGACGGAGUUCCAAUUGGUCCAAAGGUGGACCCAUCAUCGUGGCUAGCAGUUUAUCCAGUAGGUUUAAAGGAGUUGUUGAUACAUAUAAAGAAAAACUAUAAGAAUCCAAUUAUUUACAUCACAGAAAAUGGAUACCUCGACCUUGACAGCUGCCAUGUUCAUCAUUUGAUUAGAGACAAGGGUAGAGUCAAAUAUUUUCAUGAUCAUCUCUAUUAUCUACAUGAGGCAAUGAAAGCUGGUGUAAGGGUUCGAGGAUAUUUUGCAUGGUCAUUAUUGGACAAUUUUGAAUGGGCAAGUGGAUACACUGUACGAUUUGGUCUCACCUACAUUGAUUUCAAACACAAUUUGAUGAGAAUGCCAAAAGACUCAGCAAAAUGGUUCCACAAUUUUCUCACAACCUGAAAAUUAUACAUGAAUCUUCUAUGUUAUAUAUUUUAUUAUCAUAUUGUGUUCUGUUAUUGCAACCUUCUAGAACAUUUACUAGGAGAAUAUACUAAAUAAAUUGCAAUAACAAAUAAACUUAUGUUUGAUGAUGUAUCUUUUAUGUUUUCUAUCGAUGGUAUGAAGUAAAAUAAAUUU